CGCAGUAGAGAACAAUUGAGAAAACAAAACCAAAACUGAUAUUCAAAAUAGAAAACAAAUAGAAAGAAGAGAUAAAAAACAUAAAGAGACUGAACUGAGUUUGACGUAAUUUGUGAUACAAAAUAUAUUUUUCGUCGUUUAGUUCAAAAUCCAUGUGCUUUACGUGCGUUUGUGACAGAAAAGGAGAAAAAAAAUCUAUUGAUAUUGAAUGAUAUAAAAACAAUAAUAAAAUAGUAAAAAAAACAUAAUUUUUUAUUGGCGUGAUAAGAAAAUUGGCAGUUCAAGAGAAAUCAAACUAAAAAUAAAAACCAAUGUUCGUGUAUGACACUUAGUUAGAGAAAAAAAAAUAGGUGUGUAACAACAUUUUGAACACUAAACAUACACGCAAACUGAAGCAAAGAUAAGAUAAAAAAGCCAUUCUUUAAAUCACACACACUCACGUAAUUAAAAACUAUUUUUAAAGUCGUUGUAUCGACAGAAAGUGGAAAAUUUAUUUAAACUUUUACCCGAAAAAAGAAUCCAUAUGGUUCAUAUGAUAGAACUUGUUCGUCAAGGGAAGGUUGACUUUCCGCAUAUGAUUAUGAACCGUCCUAUUCAAGUUAAGCCAGCGGACACUGAAAACCGCGGUGAUCGAAAACUUUUCGUUGGUAUGCUAAGCAAGCAACAAACGGAAGAGGAUGUAAAGCAGCUAUUCACACCAUUCGGAACAAUUGAAGAGUGUACAAUACUACGAGGACCGGACGGUGCCAGUAAAGGUUGUGCUUUUGUUAAAUUUAGUUCUCAUCAAGAAGCUCAAGCAGCCAUUACGAGUUUACACGGAAGUCAAACUAUGCCGGGUGCAUCUUCAAGUUUAGUUGUUAAAUUCGCUGACACAGAAAAGGAACGGCAAUUACGUCGUAUGCAACAAAUGGCUGGUCACAUGAAUUUAUUAAAUCCCUUUGUAUUCAAUCAAUUUGGGGCAUAUGGAGCAUACGCACAGCAACAACAAGCUGCGUUAAUGGCUGCCGCUACCGCUCAAGGCACAUAUAUUAAUCCAAUGGCUGCUUUAGCAACUCAAAUACCUCAUGCUUUAAAUGCAGGAUCAGGUCAACCAGUCAACGGUGCCAUACCCUCUUUGCCAUCACCAACGAUGCCAACGUUCAAUAUGGCUGCUCAAACUCCAAAUGGUCAACCGGGCGGUACUGAAACUACUGUCUAUACAAAUGGAAUACCACAGACUUAUCCAGGCCAUGCACUCCAUUUAUCGAUUCCGGCGCAAGGACUACCAAAUGGUGAUGCGACUUUACAACAUGCUACCUAUCCAGGAAUGCAACCAUAUCCAGGUGUUGCUUAUCCUGCCGUAUACGGACAGUUUCCACAAGUAAUUCCACAACCAUUGGCUGCAGUUGCACCAUCUCAACGAGAAGACUUUUUGAUGUUCCCAGGAUGCUCGAUUUCUGGGCCCGAAGGCUGCAAUUUGUUUAUCUAUCAUCUGCCACAAGAAUUUGGUGACGCAGAACUAAUGCAAAUGUUCCUUCCGUUCGGUAAUGUUAUCAGUUCGAAAGUAUUCAUCGAUCGGGCAACAAAUCAAAGCAAAUGUUUUGGUUUUGUGUCGUUUGACAAUCCGGCAAGUGCUCAAGCAGCUAUUCAGGCUAUGAAUGGUUUUCAGAUUGGAAUGAAAAGACUGAAAGUUCAGCUAAAACGACCAAAAGAUGCAAGCCGACCCUAUUAACAUAAGGAUUAGAAUCACAACAAUACGGCAGUAUUGAUGAAGCUCUGAACCAUAAGCUAAAUUAAAUCCAAUAAUCAACCGAUAACCCACUCAGUUAUAUAUACAAAAUGAAUAUAAAAUGAAAAAAGAUGCUUAUAUUCCUUGAUUUUCUGACAAUUUCAACUUCGAUUUUUUCUCCGCCUCCACGUCGGAUAAAUAAAAAUAUAUACAUAAAUCAAAAUUAAUGACAAAAUAUUCGAGUGAGCGUUCAAAAAUUUGAGAAACAAGUGUGAUCAGUGUGUCACUUGUGUCCGCAUAAGCCAAACAUCGCUCCAUCGCCGCUGUAAAUUAUUGCGUAAAUCUUUGGCCAACAGAAAUCAAUCAAUCUCAUUUAUCAAUAGACAAGAGACCCGGACAUUUUGUCAAACAAACACACACACAAACGUAAAAGAGAAAAUGCAUUCGGUUUAUGUUAAACAAAUGAACGAAUAAACAAACAAAAAACAACAAAACAUACAUUUUUAUGCAUUUCAAUUAAAUUUAUAGACGAGGUGAACGCGGAAUAAAUUUUCUCAAUAAUCAUAAAUGAUUUAUAUCCUUAUGCGGUACAUAACUUAUAAAAUAAAAAAACAAACUAAAAAAACGUAUUUUUUUGCGGGAAAAAAGGUCUAUUUCCGAAAAUAACCAACAUUCAAUAGCAAAAGCUAUACAAAAAAGAGAGAAUAUCACAUCCAUCAGAAAUUGAAUUCAAAGUAAACAUAAACAACCAAUUUAAAGUGAUUGAUUAACAUUAACAUUAAAAUUGACAAAUAGACAAUGAAACAGAUUUAACAAACAACCAUUUGUAAAGUAAAAAAAAAAUUUAAACUUGCAAAACAUGAAAGCAAAAAUCUUUUUAAAAGCAAACAAAAAAAAAAUUACCUGUGGUUUUCUCACUCAAAAACAAACAUUAAAUUCAAUGAAAAUUUGAAUGCAAAUCAUUUGCCAUCACAUGUCAUGUGAAAUAACUUUGGUUUUUACGUUUCUUACUACCCGCGGUUUAUUUUUCACUUCAUUUUAUUCUUUUCACAACAAAUGCUGUGUGGAAUAUAUAAAACUGUAAUUAAGGAAUAGAUUUGUUGCAUUCGUGGAAAACCAUAUCAGCAAAUACGCCGUGAUGUUUCCACAUAUACGUUAUAUUUAUUUCAUAUUUCGAUUUAAACAACCACAACCAAUUAAAAGCUUAUUUCCUACAUCUCCUCUUAAAGGACGACGAAGAAAAAAAAAACAAACCUUGUGCCAUAAAAUUUAAAAAGAAAAAUCAAUGACAUAAAAAACAAUGAAAUGAAUACUAUAUUUGAAGUAAUUUGUAAUUUAAAAAGAAAUGUAAAAAUUGAAUUACUCGCCUAUUUCGAACAGUUUCAUUGAUUUCCAUUUUAAAUAAAAGCCAAAGUCCGAUUGUUACAAAAAUCAUUUUUAAAAUCGAGAAAAUAUUCGACCGAACAUUUAAUUGGAGCUAUACAUAUUGAUUGAACGUCGUUAGCAUAUGUCGACGUCACACUUUGCUUCGUAAUUCGAAAACAAUCAAAUAAAAUUACAUUGGAUUUCCUUUCUCACACACACACACACAGACACACUUAUACCGUUCACAUUCUCUCUUUUCCCAUUUCUCUCGAUACGAAACGAUGAACUGAACAAAUCGAAAUAAGAGAUAUUUGAUAAUAUAAUUAAACCAUAAUACUGGAAUAAAAAGAAAAAUGCUAACACUAUAAUUGCAUUACAAAUUGCUAUAAACAUACAUUAAAAAAUACUCAUGAAAAUAAUCGAAGAAGUGAAAGAGGAAAAAAAGAUGAAUAAUAAUCAUUUAGACUUAUUUUUUAGAUAGACAUAAUUUAAAGAGGAUCAGAAAGGGAAAAAAAAAAGAAGAGUCAUGGCUUUUGGUUUGAACCGUUAACAUACGCUAUUAUAGUAUUAACCGAAUCGCAUUGUUUACUUGAUUUAGAUAAAUCGACGGUGAAGAAUAUACAUAUAUAAAUAUAAAUAUGAGAUGAAAAAUAGAGAGAGAAUGGUGCGCCAGUGCAAUGUCAUUCAUGUACGCGCUCCAAUCUAUUCGGCCAACGAAAACAAUAGUCAUAGACACAUUUCAAUAGAUUGAAGAGUACGAACUAACCAAAAAUUGUUUCUCUAUACAUGAUGUAUAGAUGUAUAAUACAUCUGCUUAGAUAAGUGAACAACAACAACAAAAAGUAUCUCAUUCAAAAUU